GCGGGUUCGUCGUGCCGUGCAUGGAAAUGACCGAGACGGAGGUCCGCGCGAAAUCCGGCGCGGACGCGUCCGCGCGCGCGCCGUCGUGGCCGAACGAGAAUCCGAAGAAAAAGCGCCCGUCCCCCCACUCGAGCGGGGCGAGCGGCGAAAAAGAAGCCGAGGGAAGCGGCGGGAGCGCGGAGUCCGACGAGGCCACGGAGCUGCACCAUCCGUUCCGUCAGAUGCCCACGGAGAACCUCGCGCGGUUGUACCUCGACGUCCGCACGAGAAUGAAGCAGCUCGUCAACGCGCGCGACGAGACCGAGGAGAGAUUCAAGAAGAUGACGGCGGAGCACGACGUUUUGAGACUCGAGCUCGGGAAGGGGCACAACCUCCACGCGGCUCUGCACGACCUCGACGCGGACACGCGCGCGCUCGUGGGGAUGGAUCGCGAAGAGAUCAUCAAGAAGUACUUCCUCGCGACGUCCAAGCUCACGUCCCUCGAAGAAGACGGAAAGUCGCUGCACAAGAGCGCGUGCGAUUUAGAGCAACGGAAUUGGAACCUUCGCGACGAGCUGUACAGGAGAGAGGCGUCGCUGAACUUCAUCGUGAGCAACGCGGUCGGGUACGUCGAGAAGCACGGCGUCGGGAUGCUGAAAGGCACGCCCAUGGAGGCGCUGUUGCCGGACAACUGUGCAACCGCGGCGACGACCGGUGAGGACAAGACGUGCGGCGGGGGGAACACCCUCGGGACGUCGGGCUCGGGCGCGGCGACGGCGACGGAGAGAAAAGUCUUCUUGUCCACGGCGACGUCGGAACGGACCGGCGCUCCAUGGUCGGUCGUCACCACAGGCGAACGCGACAACAUCCCCGGCGGCGGCGGCGGUCUUCCCCUCGAGACGACGAAGGGCGCAGCAAACGAGACGGAGACCACGAGCAGCGACGACGGAAGCAGCGAGCUCGAGGAGACGACGACGAGCGGCGACGACGGCUCCGGCGCGGGCGGGUCGGGGUCCGGACGCGAGUCCACGCCGCCGCUGAUCAUCAGCAACGCGGAGGAGAGCGGGAUGCCGUUCACGAUCGAAGAGGCGAUGCAGCCGUCGGAGGAGGCGCGGAUCAUAACCGACAUCGACGGCACGACGAUUCGGUACGUGAACGAGCCGUGGGAGCGACUCUGCGGGUACACCGCGAGCGAAGUCGCGGGGAAGACGAUCAAGCGGCUCAUUCAAGGCGCGCGAUGCGAUGGACCCUUCCUCCCUCUUCUUCUCCUCUCGACGCUUUCCUCCUCCUCUUUCUAUCUCUUUCUUUUCUAUCGCUCCUGA